AUGACCAUGAGUUCGUUUUUGAUAAACUCCAACUACAUCGAGCCCAAAUUCCCUCCCUGCGAGGAAUACACGCAGCACAGCGGCAGCGCCGGCAGCUCCGCCAGCUACCACCCGCACCACUCGCACCCGCACGCCCCGCCGCCGCCGCCGCCGCCGCCGCCGCACCUGCACGCCGCGCACCCGGGCCCGGCGCUGCCCGAGUACUUCCCGCGGCCGCGCCGGGAACCGGGCUACCAGGCUCCCGCGGCGCCGCCGGGGCCGCCGGGGCCGCCUCCCGAGGCGCUCUACCCCGCGCAGGCACCCUCGUACCCCCAGGCGCCCUACAGCUACAGCAGCGCCGGCAGCGCCGCCCCGGGCCCCGAGCAGCCGCCCCCGGGCGCCUCGCCGCCGCCGCCCGCCAAGGGCCACCCCGGCCCGCCCCAGCCCCUGCUCCCAGGCCAUGCCCUGCAGCGCCGCUGCGAAGCUGCCCCCGCCGCCGGGGCCGGCACCGGGCCCGCCUGCCCGCUGCUGCCCGACAAGAGCCUGCCCGGGCUGAAGGGGAAGGAGCCGGUGGUCUACCCCUGGAUGAAGAAGAUCCAUGUGAGCACGGUGAACCCCAAUUACAACGGAGGGGAGCCCAAGAGGUCCCGCACUGCCUACACCAGACAGCAGGUCCUGGAGCUGGAGAAGGAGUUUCACUUCAACCGCUACCUGACCAGAAGGCGACGCAUCGAGAUCGCGCACACCCUCUGCCUCUCCGAGCGCCAGGUCAAAAUCUGGUUCCAGAACAGGCGCAUGAAGUGGAAGAAAGACCAUAAACUGCCUAACACAAAGAUGCGCUCCUCAAACCAGUCCACACUGAGCCAGCAGUCCAAAGCACAGACACAGGGCCACCCCCAUCCGCUCGAUGGGGCUACACCCAACGCAGCUGCGCUAUAA